AUGUGCAAAAAGAUGCGAGAGCACGCAACGGUGCGCGAGUCCACCAAGCGGGUACAGAGCCGCAGUGGAGCUCAGUUGGCCAAGCCGUGUAAGGGCACAAAAGGGAGAAAAAUCGAGAAGCUCCUGGUCAAUUGCCAAUUUGGGCAAUAUUAUACAAGUGUCUACGCCGUGGCAGAAAGCGCAUUUGUGGUGUGGUUUCAACUAGAAGGCAUCUCGAGCACACCGCUACAAACAACUCUGUGGUUGGCUAGCAAGCCAGUAGCCUGCGUGCGCCUUGCCGACGACAAGCUGGCGAUCCACCGGCUACAUGGUGAGAAUGGUAGCAACACUACAAAAGCGGUUGCUGCGCCCGAUGUCGGGGGCUUUCUGGGCGGCCGUUUUUUACUGGUGCAGCGGAACGAUGGAUCUGGACCGGUUCUUGGUAGCCAUUUAUAUGGAUCACAUGUGGACAUUGGCAUGACAAUGGUUGCUGAAACGGCCGCGUGUAAAAUGAAUCACACAAUUCUCACCUUACAUAACAUUUUGUACAAGUGGCGGGCAAAAGCAUCACCUGCACGGCACUUGAAGCGGGUUGAGCGGCACGUCGGCCACAACCUGCGAGAUGAUGCUACCCAAAGCAACGAGAAAUAG